AUUGGGGAUGUGUUGAAGUCGUCGCCACGCUGGGACUUUUAUCCAAAUUGUGUUGCACCCCUCGCUGUGUUCCAUGAGACGAAUUCUCUGCGACAGCUCAAACUUGUCAUCUUUCGGCUACAUACCUUUCAUCGACAAUAUCAGAUAUGAGUGAUUCUCCAGAAAGGAAUAAGCAACUUCUCGGUCCAGGCAUCGGGCCAAAUUCGCGUUCGCCGCACCUAGCAAACCCAGGUCCACUGGGAUUCGGUGCCUUUGCAACAACCCUCAUGACCCUGUCAUUCUCUAUGAUGGGGUUUCGCUCCGUGUCCAACCAGACCGUGUUCAUCGCGAACCUCUGCUUUCUAGCCGGCAUCGGACUUCUAAUCUCCGCCCAGUGGGAGAUGGUCAAGGGGAACACCUUUGCCUACACAGUCCUUGGUGCUUUCGCAUUCUAUUAUGGCGGAUACGGAGUGCUGCUUAUGCCACCAUUGGGUAUCGUCGACUCGUAUGGAGGCAAGACUGCCGAGUAUUAUAACGCGUUCGGACUGUAUCUGGCUGUAUGGUCAAUCCUGAAUUUCUUUUUCUUCGUCGCGUCCUUGCCCACGAACGUCGUCAAUAUCACGAUCUAUGGUGCUUUGGAGCUGAGUUACAUCUUCAACUGCACGGCGAACUUCAUGAUGGCGGAUGGUCAUUCUGCCCUCGGAGACACAUUCACCACCAUUGCGGGGGCGUUCGGCAUGGUCUCCGCGCUGGCAGGAUUCUAUAUGCUGGGCCAUAAUCUCUGCCAGGAUGCGCUGCCCUUUGAGAUCCCGCUUAUCCCCACCUCUCGCGUGUUCUUCAACUCGCAACGUAGCACGGUGUGGAAAUGAGCUCGGUUUCUUUCGGACUUGGAUGCUAAAUUGCGCCCAAGUAUGAUGCGUCAAGUGCAGGCCUUUGAAUCUAC